AGAAAAAUAUAAAAUAUAUUUUUUUUAACACAGCGAGAUGGCUUUCGGUGACUAUCCAGCUGAAUACAACCCCAAGGUGCAUGGUCCAUACGACCCUGCCCGCUUUUAUGGCAAAGCUGAUGUCCCAUUCGGACAGGUGAAAUUGGGCGAGUUGGGCUCCUGGUUCGGUCGCCGCAACAAGACCCCCAACGCAAUGGUUGGUGCCGUCAGCCGUGCCUGGUGGCGCUGGCAGCAUAAGUACGUUUUUCCCAAGCGUGCUGGCAUUGCACCCUUUUUCCAGCUGACCGUGGCCAGCAUGACGUUCUUCUAUAUGAUCAACUACACCAAAUUGAAGCACCACAGGAACUACAAGUACCACUAAACCCGGAGGACUUCAGCUCCAGCUGCGAUGGUGUUCACUGUAUUUGUUUUACAACCUUCAAACAUUGCGAUUCACGUUCGAUAGAGUGCGGAUGGUGGGCUGACACUACAUAAUACUAAUACAUUUGGCUUUUGUGUUUUCAAAACGGCUUAAGUGAAUAAAACGGCUGCGAAUAACAGUG